GAGUUCUGUUUACUCAGCUAGCUUCAAUGGAGGGCUUUGAUCAUGCGACUUGUGUCACCACUUGUUAGUGUCUUAGUUUAACUGUGUUUAUAUAUCAUCUUUAUGUCUGUGUAGGCUGAUGCUUGUGUAGGAUGUCUUCAGUGAAUUUCACUGGGAAGAAUGUGGAGGAGUUUACCAUCACAGGCUUUGACCACCUCUCUCACCAGAAGCUCCUGGGCUUCCUCAUCUUCAUCACCUAUUUCCUUGUGCUUCUGGGAAGCGGCACCAACAUCUGCAUCAUUUUGACGGACAGACGGCUGCACACGCCCAUGUACCUCCUCAUCUGUAACCUGGCCGUGGUGGACAUCAUGUUCACCACCAGCACCAGCAUCACCAUGAUCUCUGUCCUGCUGGCCAAGGUCAAAACCAUCUCUUACUACUCCUGCAUUUCAAGCAUGUCCAUCUACCACCUGGGUGACAUCGAAGAGUUUCUGUCCCUGUCCCUGAUGGCUUUGGACCGAACCAUCGCUAUCAGCACCCCUCUUAGGUACCACAGCAUCCUGACUAACCCAAGGCUCUUCCUGUUGAUCACAGCUACCUGGCUGAUAGGGUUAGGGGUCAUGGGGGUAGUAGCAGCUCAGGCAGACAGCCUUCCAUACUGCCAGCCCAUCAUUAGAUAUGUGUUCUGUGACUAUCCUGCUAUGGUCAGAGCUGCCUGUGUCAACCCUGAACCCUAUUGGGUGCUUCCCACCAUCCUGGGUCUGUGGUUGAUUGGUGCACAGUUCAUAUUCAUUCUGCUAUCGUACGUGAAUCUGAUCUACACAGUACUGAGACUGCCAAACAACGAGAGCAGAGUGAAGGUGUUUAAUACCUGUAUUUGUCACAUCAUUGUGGUGUCCUGUUACUACGCUCCCAAGUUAGUCUCUGUGUUGUUGACGAGGAUAGGGGUGAGACUGAAUCUGACGGAGCGUAACGCUUUACUGAUUAUAGCCACGCUGUUACCCUCUCUGAUCAACCCAGUAGUCUACUGUCUGAAGACCAAGGAGAUUAGAAAGAGAUUGGUUCAGAUGCUGUCUAGAAAAAGAACUGCAGUGAUGAAAUGAGGUCUUGAACAGUAUUUUUUUGCAACAUGGCCCAGGAUUAAAUCAGAAAUUGCACAGAUGUGUGUUUAAAGAUUUUACUAAAGAUAAUUUCCAAUUCAGCUCACAUCAGCAGCGUUUGCGUUGUCUUUAAGAGUUGCUUCGUCUUCAAGAAAGAUCAGAUUGGAUUUCUGUUGAAUAACCACAGUCCAAGAUUUAAAUAGUUCCGUCUUCUUCUGUUUGCAAUUUACAUUACUACACCUGUCUAUUGUCAUGUAUCUAUUGUAUCUAAAUGUUUUUAUUACAUUGUAUAUUCCACAUAAUUAUUUAAUUGUUGUUGCAAUGUCGAGAGUUAUACAUGCAAGUUAGAAUUUGAUUGUACUGUAUACACAACAUGUGUCCUGUUCAAAAGACAAAUCAACUUGAUUUGAUUAUAUAACCCCUUUACAUAUAUUUUUUAAUUUAACCUUUACUUAAUUAGGUAGGUCUGUUAAGAACAAAUUAUUAUUUAUAAUGACGGCCUACCCCAGCCAAUCCCGGACAACGCUGGGCCAAUUGUGUUGGGCCCUAUGGCCGACACACACCACAACAACGAUGCACACCACAACAAACACCCAAUUGAACAAACACCCAAUUGUCUAAACACUGAUAAAGAUUGGACGAGGAUGAAAAUUGGACAAGGAUGAAGCCCUCUCGGAAUACAUUGAACUUUUCCUUAUUUCACGGCAAAGAUUGAUCUGGAUCUUGUUCUUUCUUAUGCCUACUAGGCCAGGAUCAUAGCCCCAAGCACACCAUGAAGAGACUGUCAAUAGUACUAGUGUAGCCAUGGUAUUCAGCGAUAGUUUAGUCAUCAGAAUGACAGUAUGUAAGAUCUAUCAAGACUUUUAUUAUGGCAUCACCAUAUAUAAUUGAUGUCUGGGUUUUAUUCUGAAAGUACCCUCCCAUACUCAUCUGUGAGUGAGAAGAGUUUCACAUGAGAGAUGUGUGAAUGACAGAGAAGUGAAGUGAUGGAGAGAUAACCUGUUGUUGUGCAACUAAAGUUGGUGCUGCUGCUAGUUGGGAACGAUUCAUCUAUAGAAAGGAGCUUGAUUGUAACCUGACUCUUUAUCAAUGAAUCCACAGGCCCUCUGCAUAAAGUGAUAUAAUAAUGAAGUCAAGAAUUUAUAGCUAUAAUAUGCUACACAGUUUUAGUAGGUCACAAUCCCCACCAGCGUAGUAGUUAAUGUCUAUUCCCACUGUGUCAUCAUCAUCACCCAUAAGAACCAUUAAUAAUGAUUGGUUGCAUUCAUUGAGUCAGGACCUGGUUAUUGAGGCCUACGGAGACGCAGUGGAGAAGCUGGAAGACAAUUUGUCCCAAAUGGCACCCUAUUCCCUUUAUAGUGCCAGGUGACCAGGAACCAAAAGUAGUGCACUAUAUCGUACAUUCAUCUUCUGCACAUCGACCAUUCCAGUGUUGAAUUGCUAUAUUGUAAUUACUUCACCAUCAUGGCCUAUUUAUUGCCUUAACUCCCUUAUCUUAAUUAAUUUACACUCACUGUUUAUAGACUUUUUGUUUUCCUUUUCUCUACUGUAUUAUUGACUGUAUGUUUGUUUAUUCCAUGUGUAACUCUGUGUUGUUUUAUGUGUUGAACCGCUUUGCUUUAUCGCUUUAUCGUGAACUGGUAGCAGUUGCAAGUGAGAACUUGUUCUCAACUAGCCUACCCGGUUAAAUAAAAUAAAGGUGAAAUAAAAAUGAAUAAAAAUAAAAUAAUAUAGGGAAUAGGGUACCAUUUGGGAUGCAUCCUGGGAAGUCUGUCUGAGCCACACAGGACCAAAGAGUUUGGUCUCAUUUAAAGGAUCCUUUUACAAAAUACAUUAAAAGUUACAGACACAAAGAAAUAUAAAAUAUGGGUCAUGUUUAUAUGAGAGAAGACCACUAUGUCACUGUGUAUUGUUGUUAAAUGAAAGAGCUAUAUUUAUUUUAUUGAAGCUUAGUAACAAUAAAAACAAGCCAUUGUAAGUGUCA